UAUAACAAAAUGGUACUACUUCUAUUGAGAAGAGCGUGUUUUUUCAACUCUCACCAAAACACUCGCAGGUUUUUCUUCCUUCUUCAUUUUCAUUCGUCGAUUCUAAUCUUCUUCAUUUCCAAACGCUACCAGGUUUUGGAAUUUGAACAUUGCUUGUUUGGUGUGGUGGUGGAAUUGUAUGAGAAAUGGUGUCAUUGCCAUAGGUCAAUCUGAAUGUGAAGGCUGUAGUUUUUUGACGGGAUUUAUGCUUUGUGGGCUAUAUAACUUGCUGUCUUCACUUGUCAGGGUUUGAAAUUUGGACUUUUGAUGGACUGCAAUAAAGAAGAGGCCUUAAGGGCCAAGGAUAUUGCUGAAAAGAAAAUGGAAAGCAAAGAUUUCAUAGGGGCUCGUACAUUUGUCAAUAAGGCUCAAAAACUAUAUCCCGAUCUGGAGAAUAUCGCUCAAAUGCUUGUUAUUUGUGAUGUGCAUUGCUCUGCUGAGCCAAAAUUACAAGGUAAUACAAAUGUGGUGGACUGGUAUAAAGUUUUACAAAUUGAUCGCAAUGAUAAUGAUGCAAUAAUUAAGAAGCAGUACAAGAAGUUUGCUCUCCAACUCCAUCCUGACAAAAACAAGUUUGCUGGUGCAGAAGCUGCAUUUAAGCUGAUUGGAGAAGCUCAAAGAGUUCUUUUGGAUAGAGAUAAACGUUUAUUACUUAACAUGAGCUUGAGCAAGUUUUCAAUGAGCAGAACUGCCAUGCCAUCUCAUCAACGGAGUGUUCCAGUGAAUUUUAAUCCUGUAAUGCAAACUAAUUUCCGGCCCAUUUUCACAAACAUAAAUCCUCAGCAGCCGCAACCGCAGCCACCGCAAUCACAGCCGCCGCAACCGCAGCAGUCUAAGCAUCCAUUUCAGCAUGGGCUUAAUGCUGGUGACGGUUCUACUUUUUGGACUAUGUGCUCAUUUUGUUCAGUGAAGUUUGAGUAUUACCGGUCAGUUUUAAAUAGAUCUCUUCGCUGUCAACGUUGCAGUAAGCCCUUCGUUGCAUAUGAGGUGGAUCCGCAUGGUACCAAACCAGCAACUAAUUCAAGUCGGAAAACUUUUGGCCAUCAGAACAAUACUCCGAAUCAUGUUGCUUCUAAGGUUGAUGUUGGAUCUCAAGGUGGUUUGCGUGCUCAGAGGUCCAAUAAGGAAUCUCAUCAUAAGAAAGGCUCUACUUCAAAUGUCUCUGCAAAGCCAAAUGAAAAGAGAAAGAGAAAGCAUAUAGUACAUUCCAGUGAAAGUUCCGAGUCUAUAGGCAGCACUGAUUCUGAAGAUGAAGAUGAUUCAUUUUCUAACAAUGGUUUUCCUGGUGUUUCGACUUCUAGAGAUGAGCGUCCACGUAGAUCUACACGGCAAAAGCACCAGGUUUCCUACAACGAGAAUGUAAGUGAUAAUGAUGAUGAGUUGGAACCUUCAAAACAGGGUAAGGAAAGUGUUUCACCCCAAAGUGAUCGUGAAAAUAAUCAGGAGGAAACUGAAACAAAUGAUCAGAAUGGUUUGGCUGCUGGUCUGAAAGAUGAUUUGAAAGGGGUAAAGCAGCAGAAGCAAAAAAUUAAUUCUGAAGAGAGCUUAAAAAAUAUAGAUGUAAAAAUUAAGGAGGUGGGAGGAAAAGAAACAGCGGGCAGCUCAAAGAUUGAUGAAGUUUCAGAUCAUUCAGACUCCAAAUCAUCAAAUCAUUCAGAUGGUUUUGUUUAUCCUGAUCCAGAGUUCAGUGACUUUGACAAAGACAAGAAAGAGGGAUGCUUCACUCCCGGGCAGAUUUGGGCUGUUUAUGAUGACACAGAUGGCAUGCCUAGAUUCUACGCUCUAAUCAAAAAAGUUUUUUCUCCUGGAUUCAAGUUGCAGAUAACUUGGCUCGAGGCAGAUCCUGAUGACGAAGAUGAACUCAGGUGGAUUGAGGAGAAACUGCCAAGUUCCUGUGGGAAAUAUAAACUUGGUAAGACUGUAACCAUUAAAGAUCAACCGAUGUUCUCUCAUCUGACUUUAUGGGAAAGGAUUACCCGUACUACUUUUAAAGUGUAUCCUAGAAAAGGAGAAACUUGGGCUCUUUUUAAGAAUUGGGAUAUUAAAUGGUAUCUGGAUGCUGAAUCUCAUCAGAAGUAUGAUUUGGAAUAUGUUGAGAUCUUGUCGGAUUAUGUUGAAGGCGCAGGAGUAAUUGUUGCAUACUUGGCUAAGUUGAAAGGUUAUGUGAGCCUCUUCUCUCGAAUUACAAAUGGAGGUACCCAACCAUUUCAAAUAUCACCAGCUGAGUUGUUCAGAUUCUCUCAUAGGAUUCCAUCUUUUAAAAUGACUGGUCAGGAAAGAGCAGGCGUUCCUGAAGGAUGUUAUGAGCUCGAUCCUAUAUCCUUGCCGAUAGAAGAGAUUGGCGCUCCUGAUGAUUUAGAAGUGAACGUUGCAUCUUCUGCCAAGGUGAAUUUGGAAAAAAGCGAAUCAGUAGAGAAGAAGGACCCUGUUGAUCAUAUUGAUGAUGUUAGUGCUCCAUCAGCUUCGGUCCCAGAUUCUUUUGAAGUUCCAGACCCUUCGUUCUACCAAUUUGAUGCUGAGAGGUCUCAUGAAAAGUUUGAGGCUGGCCAGAUUUGGGCAUUUUAUGGUGAUGAGGACGAACUUCCAAAAUACUACGGCCAGAUUAAAGGGGUUAGGAGGAUUGGCCCAAAAAUUGAGUUGGAAGUAUUUUAUCUUACUGACUGCUGGCUACCUAAGAAAGUUAUUAGAUGGGAUGAUAAAGAUAUGAUCAUUUCUUGUGGAAGAUUUAAAGUCAAGCCAAAUGCCAAGCUUUGCACUUACAGCAACACCAAUUCUAUUUCACAUCAGGUGCAUCCUAGUUCUAUUUCACAUCAGGUGUAUGAAAUUUUUCCGCGGAAGGGUGAAAUUUGGGCAUUAUAUAGGGACUGGACGACUAAAAUCAAACGUUCUGAUUUGAAAAACUGGAAGUAUGAUAUAGUGGAAAUUAUUGAAGACGGUGAUAUGUGGACAGAUGUUUUGUUUCUAGAGAAGGUAAGUGGUUACUGUUCAGUUUUUAAGGGCAAGUUAAGUAGCGGAGGAUCAACGAUGACCAUGACGAUCUCAAAGAAUGAGGUGCUCAAAUUUUCCCACAAGAUACCUGCUUUCAAACUUACAGAAGAACAUGGCAACAAUCUGAGAGGCUUCUGGGAACUUGAUCCGGGUGCAAUACCACUGCAUUAUCUUAGCAAGGAAUGAUUCGCCGAAUUGGAGUGUUUUAUCAAGAAGCCUUGUUUAACUGUAUUAGUCUUAAACUGUUUAGUCAGGGAGCAACAUUUGCUAACCGGAUAAUUUUUUAGACAGGUUUUUGGUUUUGUUUCUCUGCUGCCAGUUGAAUUUGUCGUCUACAAAACUUAGAGACAGAGUACUAUGUUUUUUAAUAGAUGAAAAUGAAUGCUAAACUUGUUUAGUUGAUAAUUUGCAUAGUUAAGUGUA